AUGGCUGUCGGUAUGACGCUUAAUCAAUUGUACGCCCCGCCCUCUGCAACCUCUGGAUCGAUGUCCUCAUCCAAUACUGCUUUAACACCGCCACAAGGCCGUAGUCCCACUAGCCCAGAGGACACAAAGCCCAACGCGGGGACGCAGCAAAUGGACCGCAUUUAUCAAAUCCCCUACUCGAUGCAACAUCAGCAAUACUCACCACAGUAUUCUCAAUCUCUCCUCUCGUACGGGAUGCAGUACCAACCUCUCGCUAAGCCGUGUCCCUGUACAUCCGAAGAUUAUGCGGCCGAUCCGCUGCCUUUUGAGUACAGUCGCAAGUAUUCACCUCCACACCGAGAAGACGGGCUACGAGGUUCGUCAACGAUCAUUGCCUCUAGCUAUAAUGAUUCGUAUGGAUCUCAACCAGUUUACACGCCACCAACUUGUUCUUCUGGUCAACGAUUGAAUACUUAUGCUCAGUAUUUGGAGCCUCGAGGUUUUCAUCAUCCUGACAUAGCUGCUACUCAACUACCCCAGCCUCACUUUCCCAGAACAACGGGAACCCCGAUAUACAAUUCCAUGCCAAAUACAAUGUUGCCCAAUAACUCAUUUCCUACGUUGCUUGAUGCUCAUACAAUGGUGACAAAAAAGGAAGUGGACAAUUACCAGCAACCUCAGACAUCAGUGCAUGGAGAUGUGCGUGCUAUAAGUAGCGCUGGCACGGCUCAGGAAGCUAUGAUUAAGGUUAAAACUCCGCUGAAACUUAAAUACUGGAGAAAUGGACGACGCAACUUGCAGUGUUUUCCCAGCUGCAAAGUAUUUGGAGAUUACUCGGCAAUCAAAAUUGAAGAUCUUAAGCAGCAUGAUUUCAUGUGGGGCAAAUGUCGUGGCAGUUUGGUGACAGAAGUUACACUUAAUAGCACGAUGUCGUUUGAUGAUCUCGUACUGCUUGGACGCGUCCACUCAUUAGAAAAUAUUCCAGUAGCUUUUGAGGAAGCGGUGAUCAGGGAGUGCAUGCUAGGACGCACUAUUGAGAUGAAUGAGAUGGAUUCGAUGAAGGACCAAUGGAUUACGGGAGAACGCCUCCCGGAUUUUGUACAACAAGACAUCAACGUCGCCUGCUUUGAGUUCAAGCCCAAGGUUUGGAAAUACACGGAGGAUAUGGCGCAGGGCAAGUGUAAACGUCGCAACGUCAAGUUCUAUGUGCAGUUUGAGGCUUUCGUGCAGAUGGUAGCUGGUGACCGCCGCUACUAUGCGUGCAUUGGUUCAGGCAUGUCGACGUCCUUUGAAGUUGGAUCGAGCCGUGUGCUUGCCCGACAGAAACGCAAAGCUGCAACAAGUGCUGUAGAAUCAGCUAAAAAGAGCCCGCAGUCUGACAUGACGUCAAUGCAGCCGCAGCAGCUCAUGACUCACAAUAGUAACCCACUCAUGCACAACGUAAUGGCAACCCACCCAAUGUACGCACCCACGCCGGCAUAUCACCACGAUGGCCAAUCUCGAGGUUUGCCUCCGACUUUUCCGCAUCCACAAGUGAUGAUGAACCAGAUGCUUUCGCAGCCGGAAAUGCACUACCCGUUGCAGCAGCAGCUUCCUUCACCGCAACAGCAGCAACUGGCUCAGUCACCUAUAUCGCAGCCUUUGGUGGGGGAGAAGCGCAAGAUGAGCAGUGAGCGUCCGGCAUUUCCAACUGACCGCUCAGUCAAGAUGCUCAAGCCCAUGAGCGGUGUUCCGCAAUCCGUGCCGAUUUAA